GCUCUCCCUCCCCUUUGAUCCCCUGGUCCCAAGCUGUAGUCCCCCCUCCUUUUUACUCUAGUCUCCAUAGACUCUUGGAUGCUGCACUAAAAAGCCGGCUUCUGAUGCCCUGUAAUAGACGAAAGACAGAAAUUCCACAUUGGUGCCACAAAUCAAUAAUAUUGACAGACUCGCCGAGUCCCCUUGCUUCGCGUCUGCAUUGGCUACCAUAGUUCCCGAUAACCCAAGCUGAAUAGGGCUGCGUUCGGCCGUCGUUUGCCCACCCCUACCGGGUCGGUGGCAUCGGCCUUCCCCUGCAAUGCCUGUCCCGGAGUCGGCGCGUGCGCAGUCGCCGCCCGGCGUCUCCGCGGGGGGUACCUUGUAAACAGGAAGUGGGCGCUGGGCUCGCGGCGGCCUCAGAAGACAUCUGGAGAAAAUGACCCAUUGGUUUCAUAGGAACCCACUAAAAGCUACAGCUCCUGUCUCUUUUAACUACUAUGGUGUGGCCACUGGCCCUCCUGCUUCAAAAAUUUGCAAUGACCUGAGAUCAUCCAGGGCACGCCUCCUUGAACUGUUCACUGAUCUGAGCUGUGACCCAGAAAUGAUGAAGAAUGCAGUAGAUUCAUACUUUUCACUUCUGCAAGGUUUCAUAAAUUCACCAGAUGAGUCUACACAGGAAAGCAAGUUACGAUAUAUUCAGAAUUUCAAGUGGACUGAUACAUUACAUGGACAGGUUCCAAGUGCCCAGCAGGAUGCUGUUUUUGAAUUAAUUUCCAUGGGAUUUAAUGUAGCUUUGUGGUAUACCAAAUAUGCUUCAAGACUGGCUGGAAAAGAAAACAUAACAGAAGAUGAAGCAAAGGAGGUCCACCGAAGCCUAAAAAUUGCGGCUGGAAUUUUUAAACAUUUGAAGGAAAGUCACAUCCCAAAGCUUAUCACGCCUGCAGAGAAGGGACGGGAUCUGGAGCCCCGGCUCAUAGAAGCAUAUAUUAGCCAGUGUCAGGCAGAAGCUCAAGAAGUGACAAUUGCCAGAGCAAUUGAACUAAAACAUGCUCCGGGGCUGAUUGCCGCGCUGGCCUAUGAAACGGCCAAUUUCUACCAAAAAGCCGAUCAUACUUUAUCCAGUUUGGAGCCUGCAUAUUCUGCUAAAUGGAGAAGAUAUCUUCACUUGAAAAUGUGUUUCUACACAGCUUACGCGUACUGUUACCACGGUCAGACCCUGCUGGCUGCCGAUAAAUGUGGUGAAGCAAUCAGGUCCCUCCAGGAAGCAGAAAAACUGUAUGCCAAGGCAGAAGCACUCUGCAAAGAGUAUGGAGAGACCAAGGGGCCUGGGCCUACGGCCACACCUUCGGGACACCUGUUCUUCAAGAAGCUGGGAAACCUGGUGAAAAGCACACUGGACAAGUGUCAGAGGGAGAACGGGUUUAUUUACUUUCAAAAAAUUCCAACAGAAGCCCCGCAGCUGGAACUCAAAGCCAAUUACGGGCUGGUAGAGCCUGUGCCUUUCGAAUUUGCUCCUGCAAGCGCUCAGUGGACACCAGAAACGCUGGCAUCAUUUGACCUCACCAAGAGACCCAAGGACGAGAGGGCCAAACCCAAGCCAGAAGAAGAAGUGAAACCUGUGAAAGAACCAGACAUCAAGCCCCAAACGGACACUGGGUGCUGCCUCUCCUGAAACACUGUGUGCACUUCAAUUUUCUCUGAGUAGACAAGAGAAACCAUAGAGCUUCAGUUCCUACUCCUUAAAGAGACCGCUCUGAAGUCAGUAGAAUAAUCAUACAUUCAGAGAAAAGCUGCCUUCUGGUACUUGUUCUUGAUUUUCAAUGUAGUGGAGAUGCUUCUUGCUUUGCUCCCAGCCUCUCCCUCCUAAUCAUGACAGUGUGAAAGGUUUAUUAUGCCUCAAAAACACAUAUUUGAGGGUUGGAUCCUUUCUGAAUUCUGGAUCAUUUCAGGUUAAUGUAUUAUAGUCCUGACUGAUGUGUUUUCAGGCAGGUUUUUCUACACAGAAACAUUUAUUUUCCUUCCUCUUAUUUGAUAACAGAAGAAUGACACAAACCAGUUUUGAAGAGAGCAGGUUUACCCCUCACUGCUGUGUGCAUUGUAGAAUAGCUUUUGCUCUGACGUGUUCAUCUUGUGGGAAAAGCAGUCACUUACAAUGAUCAGAAAACCUUCAUACCAGAUCUCUUACAUGUAUUAGGAUCUAUAAUUUACUUGAAAAUCAGUGUUUCUAAGGGCCGGGGAUUUAGCUCAGUGGUUCUGGCACCUGCCUCAAAAGUGCAAGGUCCCAAGUUCGAUCCCCAGUACCAAAAAAAAAAGUUAAAGCAAGAAAAUCAGUGUUCCUAUGUUGAAACCUUUAUGAACCUACACUUACUUUGUAUCCCUGUGCUUCAUUCAGUCUUAAUGACCCUACAAUAAUUUUUACAAAUCCUUUUUCUAAUGCUUUUUUUACUUAGAGGUUAAAACUUUGUAACAGCGCCUAGUGUUUCUAUGUAAGGGAAGAUAGUAAGAAUGGGAAAUGUUUUUUGAAGAAAUGAAACAUUGCAUGAUAUAAAGAAAUUUAAAUGAGAUAGGUUGUCCUGAAUUACACUGGUAACUGCUUCUUUCCUAAAAAAGUAUUAGUAAAAUGGCUUUGUUCCCUGAUUUCAGUAUAUAUUGUUUUUACAUGAUUUUCUAAUAUUUCUACUGGAACUGUAUUGCUUUAGGCCAAAGGCCACAGCAAAAACUACAGAACAUACAUACAGUAUGACACUAAAAAUGGAUUGUAAUAUAUGAAACAGUUCAAUGUAUACACUGGAGAAGCAGUGGAUGUGUAAGUGCAACAAAACUAACAGAUCUGUAGAUUACUUCCUAUUGAUGACUCUCCUGGGCACUAGGUAAUUUUUUUUAUUAUAAAUGACAAUUGGUCCACUUAAUAGAAAUAAUAGUAGUAGUGUAUUUUGAGAGCUUUCUGUAUGCCCAGUGCCACGCUGAGCCUGUACAUAGAUAAACCAUGGAAUCCAUACAGCAUCCCUACGAGAAAGGUAUAAAAUCUGCAAAAAGUGUUGAAAGAGGAAUGUAUAUUAUCUUAUGAAGAAUGAAUAGAUUGAUGUCUGUACUAGCUUUUUGUCACUGGGACAAAUUACCUGGCACACACACCUUAAGGAGAAAAGGUUUACUUUGGCUCACAGUUUCAGAGGUUUCAGUCCAUGGUUGCUGGGUACAAGGUAGGGACAUCAUGGUGGAGAGAUAGAGGAAGACAGCUGCUCACUCAGGGCCAGAACCAGAAAGAGGAUGGACCAGGGCUAGAAAGCCUCUCUAGGCCACUCCCCCAGUGAUACCUCCCCUGCUUCUCCGCAGUGCUUGGCACUGUUACCCUGGCCAGGCACAGAAACCAAGGACCCAGCCUCUGAUCCAGGAGCCCUGGGCAAUGUGUGUGAUCCAAAGCAGAACAAUGCCUGCUUGAGUCAGGAUGAUGUUCAAUUAGAUGACUUCAGUCGUAGCAAGUUGUUACUUUCCUCAAGACACUGGAUAGAAUCAGGGUUUUCAAAAAAAUACAUGGAAAUGCUAAUUAAUGCUUAUAAUAUUUAAUAUUUGAAACCUCAACUUGGGAUAAUAGUUUUAUUCUGCUGAUAGAGAAAAUGUUAAAUGUCACUGUAUUUUGUGUGGCGAUUGCUACAGAAUCACCUGCUGCCAUAUGCUGUUGAGUUACAGAAUUUGAAGCCGUACUUGUCACCACCUGUAGGACCUGUUUACCUUAGGUACUAAUGUUUGUUAACUUAGUAACUAAAUUGCCACAUUGAGGUUGUGAACUGUACCAUCAUAUAUGAAAUGGAAACAAUAUGCUUAGCGCCAUAAAGUGCAGUAAAUACUGCACUUAAAUCAGCAGUGGCAACUUUGACACGAGCAGAUAGUAAAUAGUAGGAGUGUCUCAACUCGGCAAAGGUAACGCAUUAUGACCAAGAUACACCAUUGUGUGUAACGCUUUUUGAAGUGGUGUUGAGAAUUUGGGGAAGUUACGGGAAGGCAGGCCAGGGAGCUGUAACUGUUUGUGCUAAUGCUGCACUUGUACGUGCAGGUGGUGAUGCUCUCAUACUACUUCUGCUGUCUUUUUAUUUAUGAAAAUAAAAGCAGCCUUCCUUACCCUCUCA